CUUGUACACACUGACACAACCUCUCCCAUCUUUCUUUCUGAAAAGCAAAAAAGAAGAAGAGAUCAUGGGAAGGAACAAGAGUCUUAAAAAGUCCAUAAGGAUCUAUUUCUCCAAACUAAAGAAACCAAUUCCCAACUCCAGCGGAGCCAGCAAACUCCUCUCCGUUUGUAAGUACCCAAAGACGCCGUCUUUCGCCGUGGACCGUGACCUCUCCGAAGAACGAGAUCAGGCGGCCACUCUCUCAGACAUAGAUCGUUUCCUCUACGAGAAUUUUCACUCACUCUACGCCGGUGGAGGAGCAUCGGAGUCCAGCUCCGAGUCACCGAGAUUCACUGACCCGUUGCCGGACUCCAUACGCUCCUCUGGCAGGUUCUUCGUGUUCCCCGGCGCUUCAAACUCGUUGGUGGAGGAGGCGAGGCUGAGCGCGGCGUCGUCGUUGUCGGAGCAGGGGCCGGUAGUGCCCGGUGGUGGGGUGGCGGUGAUGACGUUCUCUAAGGACCCUUACGAUGACUUCCGGAGAUCCAUGCAAGACAUGGUGAACGCUCGACACGUGGACCCGGAUCAACCGUUGGAUUGGGACUUCAUGGAGGAGCUGUUGUUCUGCUUCUUGGAGCUCAAUGAUCGAACGGUGCAUAAGUACAUACUUAGAGCCUUCACUGAUCUGACGGUUAGUUUUCGCCGGAAGGCUCCGGCUAGCCGGCGUGAGGUUCCGGCAGCAAGAAGGAGGACGGUUAGAGAGAGGGAGGGGAUGUGACGUCACUUUCCAGGCUGGAUUGUGUUACUUUAUUUGUUUUUUGUUUUUUUUUGAAAAAAUGCUUUAUUUGUAUAUAUAUAUAUAUAUAUAACAUAU